GUAUUUAUUUAUAAAAAUGGAAGUGACACGUAUUUAAAGAGCUAAUAAAGCGAAAGUAGAACACUGAGUUUGGUGAGACUGAGACUGUGACUGUAAAAACAGCAGAUAUGAAAACUAUUGCAACUGAGGUAACUUACUUUUGAUCAGGGUAUAGUGUACCAAUUAUAAUCAUCGUUUAAGAGUAUAGACCAUGAGACUUAAAACGUUAUUCGCUAUAUUAUAAACUCAUACUGAAUGAAACAUCCUCGUGAUAAUCAAUCAUUUAAUAAUAAUAAUAAUAAAUACCUAAACUAAAGUUAAAGUUAGCCUUAGCCUUAGCAGCAAGUCCUAACCUAACACUAAAGUCUGAAGUCGAGAGUCGCGUGUGUUUAACUUAGUUAUACUUUAAUUAGUUUAAGUUUAGGUUUAUUAUCAGCUAUUAUCGCUUAGUUAGACUUAGACUUCAAACUUCAAGCGCUUAAAUUAAAGCUAAAGCUUUAGACUUUAGGUACCGUAAUGACUUUUCAACUGUUAGACCAACUUAGAUAGGGCUUGUCACCGCUUGUAAUAAAAAAAGCAAUUCAUUCAUUGAGAACAAAUUAAUGGUUGCAUGUCAAGUCUAACUAAAGAAAGUUAUGAUGUGAGUGCGAGUUAUUUUGGGACUGUUAGUUAAUGUUAAUUGAGACUUAUGUUUCUUUUAAGUUUGGUGGACCAGUGAAGAAAUUACACCAGGGACCAAUGCAAAAUGUAUUCAUAAUUAAUAUUUUCUAUUUAUUUGACCAUAAAUACUCAUGUUGUAUGGACUGGCAACAAAAGUAUAAGUGUCAUAAGGUUUGUGUACAAAUGAUUUAUUACACUGACAUACACACUCGAGGCAGUCUCUGUAUUCGUUUAGAAUUGAAAAUAUUUUAAUAUAGUAAAAAAAAUAUUUUAAUGAAAAGCUUAAUUUAUUUUCAAUAAUUUAUUUUUAUACAGUAUAUAUAUUUUCAUGUUUCUUAUCUUAAUUUCAGAUAGAGGUGGUAGAGAAAGAUAUAGAAAAAUGUGAAAAACGUCUGGAUGACAUUGAAAGAAUGAGGAGGCUAACCAAAAUGACCAUAGAAGAAAGGUAAAUGUCUAAUUGUGAGUUUUGAAUCCAUUUUUUUGACCCAGUUAAAUUAUAAUUCAGUACAGUACUGGUAUAUUAGGAAAAUAUUUAUAUUAUUAUCUAAUCUUUAUUUUCCUACAGGACUCAAUUAAAGGAUGAAAUGAAGUUACUUGAAAAACAAAUCCUUAAUAAUAGUGAGUAUCAGUGGUAGAGGGUAUCAGUAGUAGUAUUUUAAAUAGUGCAAAUAGUUCUUUAAAAAGCUUUCUGCUAUUAUUGUAAUUGUUAGUGAAGUCAAGUUUUUAGAAUAAAAUCUUUUUUUUAAAAAUGUACCUUAUUUUAUCUUUGAUGCAUUUUUUAAAUUUUACAUUCUGUAUUGUAUUACAGAAAUUCAGCUCAAAAGCCUACGUUGGGAAAACUGGAGGAGUAUGCUAUUAUCAGUUGUAUUAUUAGGCCUUGUGUACUUAGGUGUGACUAUAUAUUAUGGACCAUUAAAUUCACAAACAUCACUUUCAUCAUCAAGAUAACAAAAACAAGUUUCAAACAAAAAUUGUAUGUUUGUAUAUCAUUUAUUGUUAUGGACCAUGUAUUAUUUGUAAAUUUUUGAAAAUAAAUAUAGCAUAACAAAUUUGUUGUUUUAAAAAAUAAUGCUUUCUUAUAAUUAUAAAAAGACAUAAUUUGAAUAUUAGUAAUUAGAAUAAACUUUUGUUGUUGUUUGAAAUAGCAAAUAAAUAUACAUUUUAGAGAUGUUUAAUUUAAUCUUAAACUAAAAUAUAUAAGGCUUAGUGUGUCAGUAACACCAUAAAUAUACCUUUAU